ACACCACACACUACAACACGCUGUCUUGAAACUUCAACCUCUUUCACGUUUCUUCUUCUUCAUCAUCUUCUUCUUCUUCUUGGUUCCCUCGAAGAAGCAAAGAAAAUGGCUACUAUCAUCGACUCUCAUUUCUUAGCGUUCACCGCACUUGUCACUAUUGGCUAUCAGUUUCUGUUUUUCGUCAUCACUGCGCUUCUCAAAUUCGACAAAGUCACUGAUUUUGCGGGAAGCACGAAUUUCAUCAUAAUUGCUGUAUUGACCCUGGUGAUCAAAGGCUCCUGGUAUUUUCGGCAGAUAAUCCUGACUUUGUUUGUUGUGAUAUGGGGAAUUCGCCUGGCGUUUUUCCUGUUAUUCAGAAUUUUGCAGUGGGGAGAAGACCGACGCUUUGAUGAAAUGCGUAAUAAUUUGGGUAGACUGGCCAUAUUUUGGAUAUUUCAGGCUGCCUGGGUGUGGACUGUGAGUUUACCGGUUACAUUGGUUAAUGCAAGCGACAGAAAUCCCUUUCUACAUGUUGUGGAUAUAAUAGGUUGGAUCUUGUGGGCUGUCGGUUUCAUUGUGGAAGGUACAGCAGAUCAACAAAAGCUGAAUUUCAAAAGAUCAUCAGAAAAUAGAGGGAAGUGGUGUAAUGUUGGAGUCUGGAAAUAUUCUCGUCAUCCUAACUAUUUUGGUGAGAUAUUGCUUUGGUGGGGGAUAUUUCUGGCCUCUACACCUGUACUGGAGGGUGCUGAAUGGCUGGUUAUCAUUGGACCGAUCUUUCUCACAUCGUUGCUUCUUUUUGUCAGUGGCAUUCCGCUGCUUGAGGAUUCGGCAGAUAAGAAGUUUGGUAAUGUAGAUGGAUAUAGGAUAUACAAAACAAGAACAAGCCCUUUAAUCCCAUUGCCACCAUCAGUCUAUGGGAACUUACCGGCAUGGUUCAAAAAAGCCCUUCUCUUGGAGUUUCCAUUUUACAAUCGUAAUCUUCCACUAGAAGAGAACUGGUGAGAUGAUAUUUAACUAUUUACUGUCUGCUCAAGGUGUAGAGGAAGCAGUGGGAAAAGCAGUGAUGAUCUGAAAAUCGACUAGGACUUGGUUCUUUGAAUUUGUUUGAUUCCUUUCAGACGUCAGGCUCAAGUUGCAGCUGGCAUCGUCCAUGGUUAAGAUGCAAGUAUUGCUCGUUUGUCUUAGAUAUAUAUAGUUCACAUUCAUGUACUAUAUGUUUGUUUGCAUUGCAAGUAUUGCUCGUUUGUCUUAGAAUAUAUAUAUAUAUAUAGUUCACCUUCAUGUACUAUAUGUUUGUUUUCAAGUAUCAUGGCUAGUGCAGAUACCAAUGGACCAUCAAUUCUGUUUCUCAUCUUAUUAUUUUUAUUUCAAUUCUCGUUAUGAACCUGUAACUUGCCAACCGUUGCAGGUAUUGAACACAGUUUUAUUGACUCACCCGAAUAUUGUUGUAUUUAGCAGAAUUAUUUUUU